AUGUCUCGCAACAACGAAAUACGCCGUUCAAUGCUCACCGAGCUUUUGGAAGGCCAACCAGCAAGAAAGAAACAAAGAACGACCUCAGCAGCACCUGUCGGCACGGUCAUGCUAGACGGUCAACGGGCAUUCGAGGAAAAAAGAUUUGAGGCUGCAAUUCACCAUUUCACUCGUGCCAUCGACAAUCUUGAUGAUAGAAAAGCUGAUUUACUCUAUAUAUACGACCUUCGAAGCAGUGCGUAUACCAGGCUUGAGAAGCUGGACCUAGCACUCAAAGAUGCCAAACAGAUGAUUCGUCUGGAUCGACCAGAUUGUCGUGGCUACCUGAGAUGCGCCCAGGUAGAGCUGCUUCGCAACAACGCAAGUGGGGCGGCGAAAGUCUGUGAGCUUGGUGUGAAGAAUGUCAGUCCUUCUGAUGGGAACCGAUGCCGCCUUAUAGCAUGCUUGCUCCGUGCUCAGGAGGCUUUAAAGCAGAAGAUGAUCUUCGACAAGGGCACAGAUCCACUGGCUGUUCUUCCGUCCGAAUUGUUGGCAAUGGUUCUGUCUACUUUUGGCUAUAGGGAGAUCGUCGCUAUUAUGCGAGUCUCCAAGUCCUGGCGAACAAGAUUACGUUCUACGGACUUGAUUACCCAGACUAUUGACACACGUGAGGCUAGGAGAACUCUCACCUACGAGCAGAUCAAGAUAGCAUUUUCGCGUCUAGGCAAGUCGCCAAAAAGCAUGGCUCUGGCGAAACUGAACGGGAAUGCUGCACGACUAGUGAGCUCUGAGUUAGGGCACUGGAUCCGGUGGGAAUCACUGCGUUCUCUUACGAUUGACGAUGGCAAAAUAUCGCUACGAACUUUACGAUUCGAUAAGCUGGGAAAUUUACAAGAACUAUGCAUGCGCUGUCCAUUACCGGCUGGAAAGAGCCUCGGGGAUAUACUCUCCUGCUGUCGUUCCUUGCGUUGCUUGCGUAUACACGAUGAUGGGGUUGACAAUCAUGAAAGCUUUACGCUCGAUCACAGCCACGAAUACAAGAAUCUGCAGACACUAGUUGUCUCUCAGCACAAGCGGUACAUGGUGGAUUUCAAAUUACCCGAAGAAAAGUGCAUUUUUCCCAACCUUGAACACUUCGGGCUUACAGGCGCCAACGUCCUCGGUCAGCUCAAUCUGUCAACCUACACCAAACUCAAGCAUCUGUGCUUGCGUAAUGUUCACAUUAGCGAGCACGACAAUCUACGUACCCCUCCCAGCCUCGAAGCAUUUACGCUUGAGGGUCAUUUCGCAAAUAUAUUCCCCAACCCCGAAGAGAUCAAGUUUCCCACAAACAAUCUCACUACCAUCAACACUACCGGUGAAGAGUCGAUCCGCUUCCUCGCCUACGCGAUCCGUCAAGGCCUCAAUAAAGCCAAAUUCCGCAUCCUCAGCAUCAGCAAUUUCAUAACGAACAACUACGUGGCAGGCCGCCACAUGGAAAACAACCUCGAUUUACUUCUACCCAUCCCUGGCAACGACGCCUUCCACAACGUCGAAUCCCUCACCUUGAGAGACGAUAACCUCAAGAAUUCCGACUGGUCCACAGUAACCAAGCUGUUCCCUGCUGUAAAACAUCUCCAGCUAGAGAGUCCGCAGCUCACCGAGGAGUUCGUCAGUGAGCUAGUCAAGUCCCAAGGAGAUACUUGCGAAACGGUCGUGCUAAGAAAUUGCACUGCAGUGUCUCAGAGUAUAAUACCUUGGAUGAAGGCGCGCUGUAUCGACGUCAAAUUUGUGAGAAGCGCGUCGCAGGUACCUGAGACGAUUGGGGGCACGACUGUGAGGUAUGGGAAUUGA